AUGCCCGACUUUCGACACUUACCUGAGCAAGUGCAUCGAACAUUUGUACAGCGAAAUGUCAGAAAUUUGAAAUGUUUGAAUAUUGUUGAACAGACCGAAUCGGGCUACGAGUAUCUUCCUCAGGAAAGCAACGAUCGAAUUGUGUGGCAAUAUGUGAUUGGUGAUGAACUAUUGAUUCAACUAGAACACAUCAUGAGAGACUAUCGAGGUGUUCUCAAAGAUACGUUAUUCGCACGACUGCUCUUGCUCGUCAAAGUAUUUUCAACUGAAUUUUCAACAACGACACCGACCGAUGCAUUUCACGAUUAUUCCUAUACACCACCACCAGAAUUUAUUCUCGCACUACAAAAUUAUUAUGUUAGUCUACUAUGGAAAUUCAUGGUCUAUCGUGUAGGCGAACACGAAAUAAUUCAGCUAUUUCAUCAGAUCAUUGGUCUUUCAGUUAGAUGUUUGAAGUUCAGUGAGGGAUUAGAUCGAAAUCUAGUUGACGGAGUAGAGAUGCAACAAGUCCUUAAAAUAACGCAAUCUCUAUUGCUUCUGUAA